AUGAGGUCUUUCUUCGCUAUUAUUUCCGUUAUUUUUCUGGUUUCUGCGAAUCCAAGUAAGUUUUUUUUAUUGAAACUUCAGUCGAGGCUUGAUUUCACUUGAGGAAUUGGAAAUUUCGCUGAUGGAGAUUCUAUCGCAGUUUCAACUAAGGAGUUCACAGCUCAACCUGUGGUCUCAACGGUCACCGCAGCUGGUUCUACCGUAGUCCCCACUACAGUAACCCCUCAGCCUCAAGCUUCAAGCUCACCAGUUGCACCUUCGAUGUCCACCGUAGCUCCCGCGUCAGCUGGUUCUACCGUAGUCCCCACUACAGUAACCCCUCAGCAUCAAGCUUCAAGCUCACCAGUUGCACCUUCGAUGUCCACCGUAGCUCCCGCGUCAGCUGGUUCUACCGUAGUCCCCACUACAGUAACCCCUCAGCAUCAAGCUUCAAGCUCACCAGUUGCACCUUCGAUGUCCACCGUAGCUCCCGCGUCAGCUGGUUCUACCGUAGUCUCCACUACCGUAUCUCCAGCUCAACCUAA